CUCAGAGAGCCCAGCGAGGCCGGGGGCGAGGCCCACCGCGCGGCCCGUGUCCCCAGGCUCUUGUCUGGUCGCCACAGAGCGCGAGAAGGAAGAGACCUGGGCGGCCAGAAGGGACCUGUGGGGGCAGAUUUCACUCCCGAUUGUAUAUACACGGGUUCACGGGAAGAGUGGCCUUUGGAGAAAGGCUGUAAGCUUUUGGGGAAGCAGCUAACAGAAACGGGGUGUAGACGAUUCUAGCCGUACAUGAUGGUUCACUUCUCCCCAUUUAUUGAGUCGUUGAAAUACGAAGGCGCUCUUUUCUGUGACUUUGCAUUCUCUCAUUUAAGCUCCCCUCCCCAACAGCUUUGUGAGGUUUGUACUUUCAUCAUUUCCAUUUCACAGAUGAGGAAAUGGUCCCAGAAAGGUUAAAUUUAAGUAAGUUAUCCAAAAUUGCUGCUGAAAGCAAGGAGGCUGGGACUCAGACCCAGGCAGGCAGGCCCUGGAGCGUGUCCGUGCUCCUGCCACUGCUCCCCUACGCCCGUCUUGGCAGCAGUGGUCAUCCGUUGUGUAGCGGUUACGCCCUGUCAGACACUGCUCCCUGUGCUUCACUCCACGUCCUAUGAGUAGCUACUGCUGAUAUCCCCAUCUUCCAGAUGAAGAAACUGAGGUGCAGCGCGUAAGGAGCUUGACCCAAGGUCACAGAACUGCUGCUGAAACAAAAACCACAGACCCCAGAAAAGCCUCUCGUUACCUCUCAGAUGGGUUUCAAAAAGCAGCCCAAAGUGACCCAGCAAAACAGAAGUGUGGGCUCAGACCCUGCAGAGGGAGGCAAGGUGGAGCAGCCCAGGCCUGCCGGGAGCUCAGGCCCGGAGGCCAGUGGGGGCUCUGAGCCUGCAGGAUCCCCGAGGGCCAGGAAGGCGCCGGCACCUCCCACAGAGGCCCCCAGACCAGAGCCUGAUGAGAAGGAAGCUGCGAAAAGGACACCGCAUGGCGCCAUUUCUCCAACACGAGGGGACACCAAGCAGAAGAGGCAGAAAGCCGAGGUGGCAGCUCCAGCCCUGCCCACGGAGGACGACAUCUGGUUUGACGAUGUGGACCCGGAGGACAUCGAGGCUGCCAUAGGCCCAGAGGCUGCCAACAUCGCAAGGAAGAGGCUGGGUCAGCGCAAAAGCAGCAUCACCCUGGUGAAGGAGCAGGGCUUCAGCGGCCUGACCAGAGCCCUGGCCCUGGACUGUGAGAUGGUGGGCGUGGGUCCCAAGGGCGAGGAGAGCAUUGCUGCCCGCGUGUCCAUUGUGAACCAGCACGGGAAGUGUGUUUACGACAAAUACAUCCGACCAGCAGAGCCUGUGACAGACUACAGGACGGCGGUCAGUGGGAUCCGGCCAGAGAACCUCAAGCAGGGGGAAGAACUUGCGGUUGUCCAGGAGGAAGUGGCGGAAAUGCUGAAGGGCAGGAUUCUGGUUGGACACGCGCUGCAUAACGACUUGAAGGUACUGUUUCUUGAUCACCCAAAAAAGAAGGUCCGGGACACACAGAAAUACAAGCCUUUCAAGAGUCAAGUGAAGAGUGGAAGGCCGUCCCUGAAACUGCUGUCACAGAAGAUCCUGGGCAUCAGAGUGCAGGAGCAGGAACAUUGCUCGAUUCAAGAUGCCCAGGCAGCAAUGAGACUCUACAUCAUGGUGAAGAAGGAGUGGGAAAGCGCCGCCAGAGACAAGCUCACAACUGCUGCCGCGCCAGACAGCCACCGCACGUAAUCGACACAGCCCUGGCACUGUGGCAGUGCCUCAACCCAAAGGCACUGCGACCAGAGCGCUGGGUCAGGCCCAGUGUCCCCAGCAAGGUGGUUCUGAAACAUUUUCAGCUGCGGCAGCAGGGCCCGGCAUGCGUACUCUGAGAAGAACAUCUUGGUUUUGCCAUGUGGACCCAUCUCCUUCACACCUUGUGUCUGGGGGCGGGGCGGGGCUGAGGAGGCAGUCAGCUGUACACCCUGGGCGCUGCAGGGGGCAGAGGUAGGACUGACGGGGAGUGGCAGUCCUCUCACCUAUCACUGCUGAUUCCCUGGAUCCCUCAGGCCCGUCACCCCGGUGCCCCAGGGCGGGAAGCGCUGUGGGCCCAUGGGUCUUCGAGGCCACUUUUCCUCCGUCAUCCUGGUGAUGUCAGGAACUCUGCCUGCACUCAGGGUGUCAGGCUAGGUGUCCAUACACAGCCAUACCCUCUGUGGGGAGCUUUCUGGGGGUGGGUGUCCUUCCCCACCUCUUACCACCCCCACCGCCGCCCCCCAAGUUUAAACCCUCUCCUGUAAAUUGGCUCAGGCGGGGCGGGCUGUGGAUCAGUGCCUGGUAAAGGCACCUCCGGACCGUGGGAAGCUGCGUUUUGAUGCUGGGAGGUGCUGGGGUCUCCUGGGCAGGUGAUGAUUCUUCCUAGACUUGGCUGCCUCCCACCUGCCACAGACUCAGCUGCAAAGUCCCAGUGGGUGCCCUGGCCGGCCUGCAGGCCUGCUCAGCCUGGCGCACUGGGCUCGGCCCAGGUACGCUGGUGUUUGUGAAAACUGAGCGUAGGAAGUUGCGCUGGUCUGGGUGAAUGGUGAAUGAAGCCAGAGGCUGUAUUGAGCCCCGUGACAGCUCCACGUAAUGGUCCAAACCUGCAGAGUCUUAAUUUAAAAUAAAUGUUUGUACUUCUA